UUGUCAACCUUGACAAAACCAAACAGUGUCUAUAAAUAACAGCUUUGCAAGCCACUUGAAUUUAAAUGUAGGAACUCUUGUCUAUCUCUUUUACUGAGACAUAACGUCGAACAAAAGGCGUGCAACAAUGGAAGCAAGCAGACACACGUGCUUAAAACUGGAUAUCGGACCCGACUCCGGACCCGUUUUUGUAAAAGGCACUUGGUACAAUUCCCACUUUGAACUCUUGAUAACUGAUGGCCUUAAUGCUUGGUCUUGCAAUGGAUCAGAAGAGGAAGUUAAGGAUAGGGCUUUUCAGUGGGAUCAAUCCGUUUCUGAAUAUAUUCAGUUGGCUGAACGUUAUUUGGGGUUUCAGCAUCCCGAGUCGGUUUACGGGUUCAAUGAUGCUGCCAAUGGCCAUAAAAGAUUAUCAUGGACAUUCGAAAGGGAAGGGACUAAGCUAGAGUGGCGAUGGAAGUGUCGGCCAUCAUCUAACAGCAAGCAAAGUACAGCUUUAAUAUUGGACUUUCUCAUGGAUUCAAACAUACGUUUGAGUGAGGAAGUGGUUAAAAAAACCCAGUUAUCUGAGAAGCUAAAAGAGGAGGCUGAAAAAUGUCUAGCACAAAGUGAGAAAUUCUGCAGCGAGAAAGCAGAAUUUGAGACUGCAGUCUAUGAAAAGUUUCUUAGAGUUCUAAACUCGAAGAAGGCAAAACUAAGAGAGCUUCGCGAUCGGCUAUCAAAACAAGGAGCCUCAGGGAAAUUGGAGGAAGAAGACGAAGAAGUGUCUACUGAUAAAACUGAGAGUUUUGAUGAGAGAAGCGAUGAUGAGAAGGGUGAGGACGAGCUCUCCAAGGAUCUUCCCAGUAGUUCAAAGAAUAUAUUAGCAAGCAGGCCUCAUGGUAGAAAGAGAAAGUAGUCAAGUCUAAAUUGUGCCAAGCGUGGCUAAUGUGGAGUUGUGACAAUUUACAAAUCUUCUGUCAUCUCAUCAUUAGAAAUGUACAUGAAACUGACAAAACCCUGUUUCUAAGUCAUAUCGGCUUCUCCCUCCC